CGGUCUUCUGCAGGAUUUACACCCUGUAGAGAAGUGCGGGAAAGACAGUCAGUACCGCUUAACACGUAUUUCAGCGCGAGCAUUGACGGGCCUGUCCAUCCACUUCAACCACGACCGCGCUGUACGCGCGAUGCUCGCAAAAGAUCGGCCCUGGAACAUCUCUACGUAAGAAGAAGGCUGUGCACGAGGAGAGCAAUUCAAACAGCACGCCAACUUAACGCGGUUAUCUUUUUGGGAUUGCAACAACACGCAAUUCCAAUAGUAAGCCGCAAGCCUUCCCUUUAAAGCCAUCCCUUUGACAGUCCGGAAGCAGCUCCAGUUUUCCCGGGCGCUACCAGCGAGGCCGGCGAAAACGCGGCUCAACAGUUAACGCGGUUUGGAACACCUAAGUCACAUCCGGAUAUUUAUCAGCCCAACAGCUGAGGCCCAGCUAGCUCACAAGCCGGCCGGCACGUCCGGCCGGUGGCUUAAGUGCUUUGUCAGCUGGGCCCCUUAGCGUGGCUAUGCGCCACACACGGUCAGGAUCAUCCUUGCAGGGCAUGGUCGGACAUUCACAUGGAUCACAGCGAAAUUCGCAGCGGCAAGGUCACGCAGCGCAUCGAGGGCCCUUUCAACUUGACAGCCCGCCCCGGCCAAGGCAGCAUCGCGGCGGUCCAUCUAUGUCUGCAGAGCGCUUCCUCCUCAUUGUUGAGGAGCUCCAGUCCAAAGCGAAUGAGCUUUGGGAAAGGGAACAGAUGGAGCUACAGCGCGGCGCUGAGCUGAUGGUCAUUUGCUGCAGCCCGUCGCCACCAAGCCCGCAGCAGCCACAGCUGCAGACAGACGUAAUUUCGUCACCCGUCUACCCGUUUGACCAGCCGGCCCUCCUCCAAGCCCACGCGCAUCUGCUCCACAGUCCGUCGCUUAUCCCUGGUGCUCAUGGCUUCCAAAGCCCGAGCUGGAGCAAUGACUUCAGUGCUAUAGCCGCCUCACUCAUACUGCCCCCUGGGCCACACGCGACGGACACUACGGAUGAGCCCGGCGCCAGCGGCGCCCUCGCGCAAUGCGGCAUUACCACGCUGGGCCCAAGCAGUCACAGCGGGGCAGGCCAGCAGCAGCAGCAGCCUACGGCCUGGCAGCCACUGGGCACGCUAUAUGACAUCGAGGCGCACGUCACGUUUCCGCAAGGUCUACCUUGCAGUGGCAGUGGGGGAACCAGCGCAACCGCACGAUCGGCGAAGGCGAGGUUGUUAGAGAGGUUCGACGGCAGCGGCGGAGCAGGGACCGCCACAGCACGACAGGCGCAGAAUGUGGACCCAUUUUGCUGCAGCUUCACGCCCGUGUCAGACGACUUCCUGGGGUCGCCAACCUGGGCACGUGCGUAUCUCUAA